AUGGCUAGGCCUAACGACGCAGCACUUGCUGCUGGCGCUUGGGACCACGACCGCACCGCCGACGUGAGCUCCAUGAGUGAUCAAAGUGACAAGUUGGAGGACCCGAAGCUCAAGGACUACGAUGCUGAGGGCCAGGGUCGCCGCUCGUCGCAUCACCAUGUCACGGCAAUCGACUCUUCGAGCAUGACCGAGAGUAUUGGUCGCCAGAUUGAAUUAGAAUCGGAAAAUACGAUCAAGUAUCGUACUUGCAGUUGGCAAAAGACUGCGGCUCUGCUUUUCUCUGAGUAUAUCUGUUUGGCUAUCAUGUCUUUCCCUUGGUCGUAUUCCGUGCUGGGUCUUGUUCCUGGUCUCCUUCUGACCUGUUUCGUCGCCGGUGUGGUGCUUUACACCUCUUUGACCAUCUGGCGCUUCUGUCUGCGGCAUCCCGAGGUGCGCGAUGUGUGUGAUAUCGGCCAAUAUUUGUUCUGGGACUCCAAGAUCGCCUGGUGGGCGACAGCCGUCAUGUUCCUGUUGAACAAUACCUUCAUUCAGGGCCUACACUGCGUGGUUGGCUCCGAGUACCUCAACACCAUGUCUAAUGGUGCAGUCUGCACAGUCGUGUUUUCUCUCAUCGUUGCCAUCACUUCUUUUAUCUGCUCGCUCCCGCGCACAUUCAGCACCCUGGCUAAGAUUGCCACUUUCUCCGCCUUCUUCACCUUCAUCUCCGUCAUUCUGGCAACCAUAUUUAUUGGAAUUGAGGACCACCCAGCCGGAUACCCUGGCAAAGGCGAGCCGACUUUCCGCGCAACCCCCAUGCCUGGCACAACCUUCGUUUCAGGCCUGAACGCUUUCCUGAACAUCAGCUAUACUUUCAUCGGCCAGAUCACCCUGCCCAGCUUCAUUGCCGAGAUGAAGGAGCCCCGCGACUUCUGGAAGUCCGUGACUGUUGUGACCAUCGCUGAAGUCAUCGUUUUCGGUCUUGUUGGCUCAAUUAUCUACGUCUACACAGGUAACGAGUACAUGAGUUCCUCGCCCGCAUUCGCCAACAUGUCCGACGAGCUUUUCAAGAAGAUCUCCUUCUCCUUCAUGAUCCCAACGAUCGUCUUCCUCGGAGUUCUCUACGCCUCCGUCUCAGCCCGCUUCAUCUUCUUCCGCCUGUUUGAAGGAACCCGCCACAAAGGCAACAACACCGUCGUCGGCUGGGCCGCCUGGAUUGGAAUUCUGGCCUGUCUGUGGGUUUGUGCCUGGAUCGUCGCUGAGGUGAUUCCCUUCUUCUCGAGUUUGUUGUCGAUUAUGAGCUCCUUGUUUGAUUCCUUCUUUGGUUUCAUUUUCUGGGGUGUUGCAUAUAUCCGCGUGCGCUCGGCUGAUCACGGACCCUGCUUCUUCAUGAAACGGGGCAUUCGUGGCUGGUUGGGUUUCAUUUUCAACGUCAGUUUGAUCUUCAUAGGUCUCUUCUUCUUGGGUCCUGGUACCUACGCCUCCAUCAUGUCCGUCAUUGAAAUGUACGACGAGGGUACCGUCGGCGGUGUCUUCACAUGUGCCAGCAAUGCGCUAUAA